UGGGCAGCGUGACUAGAGGAAAGUCACGAUACAAACCGGAAGCAUCACAAGCAGCUCGACUCGAAGAGGAAGCCGCCGUCGACGAUGACGCUCCGCAGAAAUAUAUAACCAGUCUGAUGAUCAACAUUUUCGUGUCGCUCGGGAGCUUGGCAAUGCUGUCAUGGCUAGAAGGCUUCGUUGACUCCGCACAUGAACGAGUUCUACAGCCUCUAGUUAAUCGCUGGUUCACGGCGAACGCUCUCGCCCAGGCUGAUUUUCACGACGCGGAGCUGCCAAUAUUUCGUUCGUUCCUGCGAGAUCUACCUAAUGCAUCGGGGGAGAGUCUCAGGCUCGUUGCAGACUCUCUUUCGGGAUUUCUGCGCUGCUGUCCAGAGUUUCGCGGACCCCCGUUCACGGAAGACAUCGUGUUGCUUCGUCUCCACAGCAUGGCCAAACUGGAAAUCGAGAUCGAGAACAAGGACUGGCCAACCAUCGCCGCACUGGUGAGAUGUAUUAGGCUUUUGAUCGAACGAAGAAUUGAGCUUCUGGAGAACGCGGAUAUAAUGGGAUCCUCUCUCUACGCCAUAAUGCUGGAGGCCGUACGACGCCGGGAUGGUGGGACAAUUGGUCAGUGACAUG